AUGGAUCCCAGCAGUGACUACCAUUUCUUCAAUCAGAUUUUGUGGAGAAGGGUGAAACUCACAUUGGUUUGUGGCAUCUUUGAGGGGGUGCUCCAGCAUGUGGAUCCUAACAAGAUUGUUGUCCUGAAGAAAGUGAGGAAUGUGGAGACUGGUCGAAGUGUCCCAGGACUGAAGAUGUUUUUUGGGUAUGAGAUUGUGAAUGUGGAACUACUGGAUGAAGUAGAACAAGGUGCUGUGAGAGAAAAGGCAGCUUCUGAUAGACUAAAUAUAGAACAAACCAAGAUGGAUAAAAUGAAAGAUGAAGACCUAAAUGUAUGUGAAAUUGCUUCUUCUGCUUCUGACACACCAACCACAUCUCUGCUGAAUAACUUUAAGUACAACCCUUCAGAGGAAGAAGAGGUAACAUACACAUUGAUUGAUCAGUUCCAGCAGAAAUUUGGUGCAGCAAUGCUUCAUAUCAAGAAGCAGAGUGUCCUGAGUGUGACAGCAGAAGGUGCUAAUGUGUGUCGUCAUGGGAAUCUGUGUUGGCUUCAGGUGGCCACAAAUAGCCGUGUUUACUUAUUUGAUAUUUUCCUUCUGGGAAGUCGUGCUUUCAAAAAUGGACUUCAGAUGGUAUUAGAAGACAAGAGAAUUUUGAAGGUUAUCCAUGACUGUCGUUGGCUUUCUGACUGUCUCUUUCACCAGUAUGGAAUUUUGCUGAAUAAUGUCUUUGACACACAGGUAGCAGAUGUCCUUCAAUUUUCUAUGGAAACAGGUGGCUUUCUUCCAAACUGCAUCAGUACUUUGCAGGAGACUUUGGUCAGACACCUUAAAGUAGCCCCUAAAUAUGUCUCCUUUCUAGAAGAGAAGCAAAAACUGACUCAGAAAAAUCCAGAAAUGUGGUUCACACGACCUCUUUCACCUACUUUGCUGAAAAUUUUGGCCCUAGAAGCUACCUACCUGCUACCCCUUCGCUUGGUACUCCUAGAUGAAAUGAUGUCUGACCUGACCACCCUUGUGGAUGGGUACUUAAACACCUAUCGAGAAGGGUCUGCAUACCGGCUUGGAGGCAUGGAGCCUACAUGUAUGGAGCUGCCAGAGGAACUGCUUCAACUCAAGGAUUUUCAGAAGCAGCGCAGGGAGCGAGCUGCAAAAGAGUAUAGGGUGAAUGCCCGGGGACUUCUAAUGAGGACAGCGCUACAGCCAAAAAAACCAGUGACAAAGACAGCAGAGAAAGAAAAGAGUGUAAGAGAUUUCUUACAUUGUGAAAAUUCUAGAGUAGAUAAUGCUCCAAGUUUUACAUCUCAUGAAUCACAAGAAGAUGUGAAUUUGUUGAAAGAAAAAUCUAAGAGUAAACAAACUAAAACAAAACCUCAAUAUCUACCUCCCCUAAAGGAAACAAAAGCCAGUGAGGAUUCCAGUAACAAACUCCUUUGCCCUGAGUCCAAGGGGUCAGAGGACCAGAGAAUUACUCAAAAAGAACACAUUAAGAUACCCAAACAUGAGUUUCAGACAAGUUUAUCUUUGAAAGAGGAGAUAGAACAAUUACUGAUGGUAGAAAACAAGAAUGAUUUAAAAUGCACAAAACAAGAUGUUUCAUUGUCUCCAGGUGAGACCUUUCAUCCUUUAAGAAAAACUUUGCUUUCCACAGUUCCUCCCUGUCCAGCCUUGGAGAAGACUGAUCCUUGGAUGGAGGAAGGGGGCCAUGAAUCAAGGAAUGGAGGUGGCCUCUGGGAGCUGGAAAAGCACCCUCGUUCCUCUUCUCUUCGGGAACAACUAUUCCCAGGAUUACGGGCCGUUUCGAUUGACGUUACUUCCGGAAAAAGUAACCUUUCUUCGGCAGUUGCAGGCCUGGAGAGCUCUCGCGACAUCUGCUCCCGCGAGAUCUGCUUGCUCACUCUAGCGAUGACAUCCUCCUCCUCCUGCCCGCCGCCUUUCGGCAAUCUUCGCCAGUCCCAGCCUCAACCAAUCUGCACUCAGAUGGCAUGGAUCAGGGUCUCCCCCCGAACCCCGGUCCGCGCGGGGCGUCAGGCAGCGGUGGCGGGGUGCGAGCUACCCGAGGAAGACGACAGCGGCACUGCGGGUGGUCACGGACUGGGCAGCGAGUAG